UUUGCCCAAUACGAAUCCAUUGAUACAGUUUUAAGUUGAGAUCAUUCAUCGCACCAAUUAGUGCGAGAAAUCUUUUCUCUAAGUUUUUCCAACGUAUUUUUGGUGCUUAGUGACAAAAAAAAUGCCAGCAACAGCAGUGCUGGUACUAUUGGUGUUGUUCUUGUGUUACAUUUAUCUGAAGCACAUCUUCACCUACUGGGAACGUAGAGGAAUACCACAACUGAAGCCAACCAUUCCAUACGGAAAUAUCAAAGAAAUCGGCCGAUCGACACAGAUCUCCUUGCUGAUACGCGAUUUUUACAAUCAAACCAAAGACAAAUAUCCGUAUUUCGGCGUGUACUUCUUUCAACGGCCAGUCUUGAUCGUCAACGAUCCGAGCGUGAUCAGAAAUGUUCUGAUCAAAGACUUUAAACAUUUCCAGGACCGUGGCAUUUUCUACAACGAACGGGAUGAUAAAUUGAGCGCCCACUUAUUUUCGCUGAAUUUUGAUAAGUGGAAAAUUUUGAGGAAUAAAAUUUCGCCAACAUUUUCAUCGGGCAAAAUGAAAUUCAUGUUUCCCACAAUGUUAGACGUUGGCCAGUCGCUGCAACAGUACAUAUCGGUACAGACGAUUGAUGGGGAGUGCGUGUUGGAGAUGAAAGAUAUUCUGGCCCGAUAUACCACUGAUGUUAUCGGGAAAUGUGCCUUCGGCAUUGAGUGUAAUAGUCUAACCAAUCCCGAUGCAGAAUUUUGGCGUAUGGGAAAGCGAACCUUCGAAGCGCCAAGACACAAACCAAUUAUCACAUUUUUGAUCGGCUCAUUUAAGCGGCUCGCUGUGAUGAUACGAACAAAAGUUAUACGGGACGAUGUGAGUGACUUCUUUCUGAACAUCGUUCACGAGACAGUCCAUCAUCGGAAAGCCAACGACAUCCGAAGGAAUGACUUCAUGGACAUUUUGAUUAACUUGACCAAUCAGGAAGAGGGAUCGCUAACCAUCGAUGAAAUAGCUGCACAAGCGUUCGUGUUUUUCCUGGCCGGAUUUGAGACGUCUGCGACCAGUAUGACUUUCGUGCUGUACGAAUUAGCGCGAAACAUGGACAUACAGCGGAAGGCUCGUCAUCAAAUUGUGACGGUUUUGGAACGACACAACGGGGUGCUGACGUAUGAAGCAAUGAUGGAAAUGAGCUACAUCGACCAAAUCAUAAAUGAAGGAAUUCGUAAGAAUCCGCCCGUUGGAGUCCUUAUCCGCAAAACGACCGAAGAUUAUCACAUCCAAGAGACCAAUCACACCGUACCGAAGGAUUCAACCGUAAUAAUUCCGGUGCUGGGCAUCCAUCGAGACAAACGAUACUAUCCGAAUCCGGACAAAUUCGAUCCGGAACGAUUUUCAGCCGAAAAAAAGGUAGAGAACGACAGAAUGUUCCUUGGAUUCGGUGAUGGUCCCAGGAGCUGCAUCGGUUACCGCUUCGGCAUGGUGCAGACUCGAAUCGGACUCAUCAGUUUGCUAUCCAAAUUCGAAUUUACGAGCUGCAGUAAAACGAUGGGAGAGUUGAAAUAUUCAUUGAGAAAUGUUAUUCUAUCACCGGAAGGCGGUAUGUGGUUGAAGGUCAGCAAGAUUUAGCUUUACAGAAUCAGGAAAAAAAGUUCCUUUAGAGUAGUGUCUCACCUGCAAGAGAUAUGUUGUAAAAUGCACUUGAAUUGAUGAUUGAAUAAAGGAGCUGCUCUAGA